AUGUCGGCUUUGGGUAUGCCGCCGCACCUGUUGGUGCUCUUCCAGGCACGGCCGCCCCUGGAGUACGUGCCGCCGAUAGAGAAUGGAAUGAAGCGUAAGCUCAACGGGAUCGCCGAUUUCGUAAGCCACUUCUCAAACGAGCACAUUCCACCGCCUCCGCCGUUUGAGACCCCUCACCAGCGCGCUGACAGAAGGAAGAGGCAGAAGCUCAUAGAGUUCCAGAACCAGCAACGGAAAGAUCGCGAGGCGUACGACCCGAAAUACGACCCGGCAUUAGCACGAGGGUCGACAAAUCCGUGGUUGACGCACGACCCUUACAAGACCCUCUUCGUGUCUAACAUUCCCUACGAGGUUACUGAGAAGCAACUGUGGAAGGAGUUCGACGUCUACGGGCGCGUUAGGCGCGUUCGCAUGAUCAAUGAUCGCCAAAACCGCCCCAGGGGUUACGCGUUCAUCGAAUACAGCGACGACCGAGACAUGGUGAAUGCAUACAAACGCGGUGACGGCAGGAAGAUCAGCGGGCGGAGAGUCAUGGUCGACGUUGAGCGCGCACGCACUGUUGAAGGGUGGUACCCGAGAAGGCUUGGCGGUGGGCGCGGCCGUUCGCGCUCCAAGCCUCCGAAGUUCUACGACGGAAAACCGCUAACUGUAGAGGAGGUGGUGAAGGAAACUAAGCCCGUGGUUACGUACACUGAUGACAUGAUGGACGAAAUUGAAGAGGGACAGGUUGUGUAG